CAAACGCCCGGAAAAAAGCAGCAGCGGGCUCGGCCACGCGCGUGGGCGUCCCCCGGGCGCGCUUGGCAAGAGAGGCUCUGCGCUGCCCCUGGGCUGGGCGAAGCGGAGCAGUCCCGGGAUCUCCACGCGCGGGGAGGGCUGCGAGUGGCCCUCCCUGCUUGCUUUGCUUGCUUCCCCCGCGGAGAAGCCAAAGCUGGGGCUUAUGGGCAUCAUGCUCCUGCCCGCCUGCCUGCUGCUCUGGGCGCUGCUGGGCGCGGGGGAAGGGGCGCAGGAGCCCCCCGCAGCAGGCCUUCUCCUGGAGGUUUCCUUGGGGAAGUUCAGGAAUUUCUUGUUGAAUGGAAGUGUCCCAGCUGAAGCCGUCUUGAGGAACAUUGCCGAUAAUGUGACAGUCAUCCUCUUUCAAAUCCACGCCCACCACCAAAACGUGACUGUCUCCUUUGAGAAGGAACCUUCUCCCAACAACUCGGGAACCGGAGUAGACCGAGGCUUAGUUUCGGUGCUUCGACCUGAACAGACGGUGUGCACAUGGUAUUUGAGAGCGGUGGGUACGGAUCAGGUGCUGAGCACGGCGGUUUCCCUGCCCUACACCGAAAAGGAUCCAAUACCCGGUGGAUGCAACUUGGAAUUUGAUUUGGAAACGGAUCCCAAUCUCUAUCUAGACUAUAACCUGGCUGAGACCCACAUUAUAUUUGCUCCAGCCAAUCUGGGCUACGCGAGAGGGGCAAACCCACCGUCUUGUGAUUCGGAAACCGGUCUGGAUUCCAGGUGGAGACUCUCUUAUGAUGUCUACCAGUAUUUUUUGCCCGAGAACGAUUUGUCUGAAGCUACAUUUGUGAGCCAUAUGAGGAGAAUGUCUGAGGUUCAAAGCAUCCAGGCGCACGGAUCGAAAAUGAUGACCUUAACCAGCCAAGACAGAACUGACCUCUACUUCUCGUCGCUUCCCGGACAAGGCGUGAUCUACAAUGUCAUCGUGAGAGAUCCUAAGUGGAACACUUCAGCUGCAUACGUGCCCGUUCACACCUAUGCCUGCAGUCUCUCUGCCUUGGUGAACAACUGCUACACCUUUAGAAGGUUGUCCACCAAAAUAUUUUUCAGCAAUUUGGCUUGUCUCGGUCUCUUUAUCUGCUUCCUCGGACACAGAUUCUGGAAAACAGGUUUAUUCUUUAAUGGCUUUAUCUUCAUGGCUUUCUUUUUCUUCAUCGUCAUUACUAAAACAUUGGCGAUCAGCUAUGACGCCACCCUGGGUCUUACUGCAACAGCUGGCAUCAUUGGAGCCCUCCUCUUAGUAGGAUCGUGGUGGCUAUUUGGCCUGGUGAUCCCGUGUAUGCUAAUUGUAGGAGCAGUGCUGGGGGCUCUUGUGUCGUCUUCACUUUUCUUCACUCCUGUAGGAGACUAUCGGAUUUUUCAGGACAAUGUUGUUUUCUGGGUUACCUUCACUUGCGUUGCCCUGGUGAUUCCCGUCGUUUUUGUCUGCUGCCCCAGAGUUCUCAACAUCUUGACGUGUGCGGUUGUCGGUUCCUACACCAUCGUGUUGGUCACGGCGUGUUACAUCUACACCAGCCUCUCUUACAUCGGCAUAGAUCUACUCCGGAGGAUUCUGAACGAAGACUUCAACAGAACGUACACCAGCGUGCCCUUCCAACCUAAUGAUAUUAUCCUCCUGGCCGUUUGGACGAUGCUAGCCCUCGCGGGAAUCACCGUCCAGUUGCGCCGAGAAAGACACGAGGCUCCUUUCCCGCCACACCCGUAUCGGUUAUGGAAGCGUGAGAGAGAGCGCAGAGUCACCAACGUCUUGGAUCCCAGCCACCACGUCCCUCCCUUGAGAGAGAGGAUCCUCAACCAGCUGUCCCAGAUCAAGGACCUCUUCCAGAAAGAGCAGGCGGCGGGCGAAAGAACGCCGCUGCUCUUAUAAACCGACUCGCGGAGGGGAAGACUUGAGGAAACGCGGAUGGAUGGACACACCUUGUGGAACGGGGCACGGAAACCACGGAUUUUCUCAGUGGUCUUUUCCACCCCCACUGAGCUGGAGAAGAAUCCAAGGUUGUCCCAAGACAAAUCUACUUCUAUUUUGUUUUCAAGCGCUGUGGCAGCCAGGAACUUUUGGUCUGUAAUUUUAUCUUUGAUAGAAAAAAAAAACAAGGUGUAAAGUUAUCGGGGGGCAGGAAGGGUAGAAUAGAAAGGUAGAUGAAUAAGCUGCGUGUGCAACUUUGAAAACUUCAGUGUCCCGAGACAGAAAAUGAUAAUUUUCAGAUUCACGGGCCUGUCUUCGCAAGUCCCAAAAGGACUUGGGAAAUUUAAGUUUUCUGAAUAGGAUGUGCAAAGUGUUGGGUAAGGGGGGAAAAAAAUAAUAAUAAUUGUGGCCUUUGUGCUCUUAGCCAUUAACUUGGAUGACCAGCGCUAGUAAAUUAACAGGUUUCAAUUGUCAAAGCAGCACUAAAAAUGGAAUUUUCCUUGGAUUGCGUUUACUAGUUGUGUGCGAGAGACAAAUAAAACAUUUUAACUUUGAGAUAGGGAAGGAGGAGCGGCUUUUCUCAAAGCCACUAGCAAAACUCUUAAUUUAAAAAAAAAAAAG